AUUGCUACUGUAUCUAUCGGUUUUUUUUUUGUUGUUCUAUCAGCAUGUUUUCCAACACCAUUUCUCUCUCUCUACCCCUCCCCCCAAAUUGAUCUGUAACGCCUCCUCACUCUUCACAAUUCCAAAUCAUGAGCGAUCGCAAGGCCGAAAUUGAGCGCAAAAAGAAGAAGAUUGAAGAGCUUCGCAAAGCGCGUGAAGGCAAUGCGGUCUCUGCCGCCACAACGUCGGGGCUGAGCUCUGGAGCGUCCAGCACAAGCUCGUCGCUCUCGACCGACAAGGAGACUGUGGACUCGUUGCUCUCGUCGCUGCUCGGCAGCACUCCCGCACCGCCGGCUGCCGUGGCAUCCACGAGCACUGCAACUGCUGCAGGCACGUCGACCGAGGGCACGUUGUCGACUGCAGCGACCACUCCAGCCGUCUCGAUCGAAGUCAGCUCCGUCCGUCCCGAAUCGAGCAUUGUUCUUGCCGCGUCCGAAGUUACUCGCAUGGUCCAACAUCCACAGGAAAUUAUCACAUACACAAAGGAAGUGCAAACCGAGCCUGUGGUUGACUUUGACGACGAGGAGGGUGACGAGGACGCACCACAGAAAAGUCGCAAGGCAGACGCAGACGCAGCCGCAGCUGCCGCCGCUUCUGCUGCUGCAGAGGCCGAGAAAAACGCGGCUGAGGCUAAUGCAGCCGCGGCCGCCGCCGCCGGGCAACCGAUUGUGCCACAGCUGUCGGAGGAUGAUCGCUCAGCAAUCGUCAAGUCGGAUCGCUUUUUGCAAUUUUUCGACCGCUCAUCGCGCUUGGUGGAGCGUGCUCUGAAUGAUUCCUAUGAUGUGACUGUCGACUAUUCCGGUGGUGCACAGACCGAUUCCGACAGCGACGCUGGGGCCAGCGAACGAGUCAGCAUCAACACAAAGUUUGUGGACGAGCGAUGGAGCGUUCAUCGUGCCAUCACGUCGAUGCAAUGGUCGCCCAAGCACCCCGAGCUGCUUGCUGUGGGCUACGGUAUCAAUCCGGCCUCGAGCCAGGACCCCGACGGUGUUGUGCUGUUGUGGAAUCUGCACUUGCCACAACGACCCGAGCUUGUGUUUACAUGCCAGUCGGCGGUCAUGUCGGUCUGCUUGUCCAAGUUCCACCCCAAUCUGAUUGUCGGUGGCACUUAUUCGGGCUCGAUUGUCUUGUGGGACACACGCGCCAAAACCACGCCCGUUCAGCGCACACCUCUGACCUCUGCCUGCCACACUCAUCCGGUCUAUUGCUUGGAAAUGGUCGGCACACAAAACGCACACAAUCUUAUUUCCGUUUCCACGGACGGCCGGAUGUGCGCUUGGUCGAUGGACAUGUUUGCCCAACCACAGGAGGCGAUCGAUCUCGCCAUCUCUGAGACCAAGAGCGAACCCCGGCACGAGCGACUGCCCAUUUUGGCUGCUACUGCGCUUGCCUUCCCAGAAGACGAAAUCGCUCAUUUCAUUGUUGGUGGUGAAGACGGCACUGUUGGUCUUGGAAGCCGUCAUGGCAGCAAGGCGGGUGUUCACAGCACCUUGGCGGGCCACCACGGCCCCGUGACUGCCGUUCACUCGCACCCUACCAUCAACAACUAUCGCGAUUUCAAUGACCUCAUCAUCUCCUCUUCGAUGGAUUGGAGUGUCAAGCUCUGGAGCAGCAAGUCACGCACCCCUAUUCACUCGUUCGAAGCAUCCGGCGACUACAUUUACGACGCCCAGUGGUCGCCAGUUCACCCCGCCGUUUUCGCCACUGUGGAUGGAGCCAGCCGAUUGGACCUUUGGAACCUCAACGGUGACAUUGAAGUCCCAGCUGUUUCGACCACUAUCGACGCCAAUGGCGCUGCCCUCAACCGUCUGCGCUGGUCGGCGGACGGCUCCAAGGUUGCUGUGGGCGAUGCGGAUGGUACUGUUCAUGUGUACAACAUUGGCGAGAAAUUUGCGCAACCUCGCGCCGAUGAAACAAGCAUUCUCCGCAGUACACUAGCGGAGCUCAAGGCGGCAGAGCUGUCGGCUCAGCAGCAGCAACAACAGGCACAGCAGCAAGCGCAGCAGCAGCAACAAGUGGCACAACUUGUGGCAUAAAAGCGCAGCAUAGGUUUAUGUGUAGAAACAAACGAAGCGUGUGAAAAGCCAACCGCUUUCCGUCUGUUGCUUUUGAGCCCGGGUGUGAUGUGCUUGAUGGAAUGCGAAUUGGAUAAGAAAAGUACAAAUAUUUCAUUGAUAUUUUUUUCUUUUUGGCGAC